UUUCCAAUGGCAGCCCCGGAGCAGGGGAAUUGCUAGUGAGAUUAGCUCGUUCUAGCUCCUCCUCUGUGGUUUACAGUCAUGGCCGGGCCAGGCCUGUCAGGGACUACUUCUAUGCUAACCUUUUGCAAACAAAUGGAUUAUUAUUUUUCUUAUUUUUCCAAAAUGUCCCACUUCGUUUUGGGAGAAUAAUGAGAAAUCUCUUGAAGAUGUUUCCACAAUCAGGAAAAUCCAUUGUCUUUGACAACUUUCCGGAUCCUACUGACACAUGGGAAAUUAUAGAGACCAUUGGUAAAGGGACCUACGGAAAGGUUUACAAAGUGCUCAACAAAAUCGAUGGAAGCAAAGCGGCCGUGAAGAUACUGGAUCCGAUCCAUGAUAUUGAUGAGGAGAUUGAGGCAGAAUACAACAUCCUCAAAGCUCUUUCUGACCACGCAAAUGUCGUCAAGUUUUAUGGCAUGUACUACAAGAAAGACGUGAAGUGUGGAGAUCAGCUAUGGCUCGUGCUGGAGCUUUGCAACGGCGGCUCGGUCACAGAUCUGGCCAAAGGCAUGCUGAAAAGAGGGGAGAGAAUGGAUGAAGCCAUUAUCGCCUACAUCCUGCGUGAGGCCCUCAUGGGCCUUCAGCACCUGCACAUCAACAAGACCAUCCACCGUGAUGUCAAAGGCAACAACAUCCUGUUGACAACCCAUGGAGGGAUCAAGCUUGUGGACUUUGGUGUUUCAGCCCAGCUGACAAAUACUCGUCUGAGGAGGAACACCUCUGUGGGAACUCCCUUCUGGAUGGCUCCUGAGGUCAUAGCAUGUGAGCAGCAGCUGGACUCAACCUACGAUGCUCGCUGCGACGUGUGGUCCCUGGGCAUUACAGCCAUAGAGCUGGGAGAUGGAGACCCGCCCCUCUCCGACCUCCACCCAAUGAGAGCACUCUUUAAAAUACCCAGAAACCCUCCGCCUACUCUCCACCAGCCAGAGCUCUGGUCAGAUGACUUUAAUGACUUCAUCUGCAAAUGUCUGAUUAAGGAUUUUGAGCUGAGGCCAAAUGUGUUGGACCUGCUUCAGCACGUGUUCAUCAAAAACACAUUCGGCAGAGAGAGAAUCCUGCAGAAACAACUGAUCGAACUCAUUGAUCUCAACCAGCAGAUGGGAGCGAUUGAGAAAACAAGCCAUCAUGGAAAGACAGACAGAAGCACAGACAGUAAUGACAGGCAUGAGCGCAUCCAUACUAAAAGAGGAGGCCACAUGAAGACACAAUCAGACGCAGAUGAGGUGGACGACCUCGCUACCCUCGAGGUUCUAGAUGAGAACACGGUCACGGAGCAGCUUCAGAGUCGCUACGUCAGAGAUCAGAUCUACACAUACGUUGGAGACAUCCUCAUCGCGGUCAAUCCUUUCCAUAAAAUGGAGAUUUACACGCCUCAGCACACGAAGAUGUACAUCGGAGCAAAGCGCACUGCAAACCCGCCGCACAUCUUCGCUGUGGCUGACAUCGCCUACCAGUCCAUGGUGUCAUACAACACCGACCAGUGUGUGGUGAUCAGCGGAGAGAGCGGAGCAGGUAAAACAGAGAGUGCUCAUCUGUUGGUGCAGCAGCUGACAGUCCUUGGAAAGGCCAACAACCGGACGCUGCAGGAGAAAAUCCUGCUGGUCAACAACCUGGUGGAGGCCUUCGGAAACGCCUGCACGGUCAUCAAUGACAAUUCCAGCCGCUUCGGAAAGUACCUGGAGAUGAGGUUCACCUGCGGGGGAACGGUGGUCGGAGCAAGGAUAUCUGAGUAUCUGCUGGAAAAAUCCAGAGUCAUCCAUCAGGCGAUAGGAGAGAGGAACUUCCACAUCUUCUACUAUAUUUACGCUGGUCUGGCUGACAGAAAGAAACUCGCGCACUACAAACUCUCCGACACCAAAACACCAAAGUAUCUGUGUAACGAACACGUUAAAUUAGGGCCUGACAUAGUGAGCAACGCCUUCUACAAGGAGCAGUUUGACGCAGUGGAGCAGUGCUUCAAAGUCAUCGGAUUUACCCUGGAGGAGCUUGGCAGCGUUUACAGCACUCUGGCCGCCAUCCUUAACUCUGGUGACAUUGAGUUUUCUGCCGUGGCCUCGGAGCACCAAACAGACAAGAGCAACAUCUGCAACACUCCUGUUCUGGAGAACGUGGCAUCUCUGCUGCGCAUCCGCUCAGACGAGCUCCAGGAAGCCCUGACCUCCCACUGUGUCGUGGCCCGGGGUGAGACAAUCGUCCGGCCCAACACGGUGGAGAAGGCAGUGGAGGUGAGGGACGCCAUGGGCAAAGCUCUCUACGGGCGCCUCUUCAGCUGGAUUGUCAACCGGAUCAACACACUGCUGCGACCUGACAGCCAGUUAGGAGAGGACGAUAAGGGCCUGAACAUUGGCAUCCUGGACAUCUUUGGUUUUGAGAACUUCAAGAAGAACUCUUUCGAGCAGCUUUGCAUCAACAUCGCCAACGAGCAGAUCCAGUUUUACUUCAACCAGCACAUAUUUGCUUGGGAACAGGAUGAGUACCUGAAUGAAGAAGUUGAUGCUCGAAUGAUUGAAUAUGAGGACAACCGACCACUCCUGGACCUGUUCUUGCAGAAGCCAAUGGGGAUGCUCUCCCUGCUGGAUGAAGAGAGUCGUUUUCCACAGGCCACUGACCAGACGCUCGUAGAGAAAUUUGAAGAUAAUCUCAAGACAAAAAGCUUCUGGAGACCAAAGAGAGUGGACCUUGGCUUUGGCAUUCACCACUAUGCUGGGAAGGUGAUUUACAACGCUGCAGGGUUCUUGGCCAAGAAUAGAGAGACGCUACCAGCCGACAUCAUUCUGCUGCUGAGGUCGUCGGAGAACGAGCUCAUUCGCAAGCUUGUCACUCAUCCUCUCACCAAAACAGGUAACCUUGCCCACACCAAGGGUAAGGGGAUAAACACACUGCGAAGCCCGCGGACUCCAACGCGAACCAUCACCUUUGCCAAGAUGGGAGUGCUAACCUUAUACAGUUCUUUUUCUAUUAGUGAGCCUACUGAACCUGGAGAGACGCCUUAUCAUCCAAGGGAAACCACAAACAUGAAAACACAGACGGUGGCCUCCUACUUCAGAUACUCUCUGAUGGACCUGCUGUCUAAGAUGGUGACAGGGCAGCCUCACUUUGUGCGUUGCAUAAAACCCAACAAUGAUCGGCAAUCCAGCAAGUUUGACCGGGAGAAAGUUUUGAUCCAGCUUCGUUAUACCGGUGUUCUGGAAACUGCCAAGAUCAGACGGCAGGGAUAUUCUCACCGUGUCCUGUUUGCUAAUUUUAUAAAGAGGUAUUACUUUCUGGCUUUCCACGCUCACGAGGAGCCGGCUGUGACUCCAGAGACAUGUUCAGCAAUACUGGAGAAGGCAAAGCUGGAACACUGGGCAAUGGGGAAGACCAAGGUGUUCCUGAAGUACUACCAUGUCGAACAUCUGAAUCUGAUGGUGCAACAGGCCACUCAGCGAAUCAUCCUGCUCCAAGCUUGUGUCCGGGGUUGGCUGGGGACCAAACGGUACCAGCGGAUAUUAAAAGAGCGAGAGCAGAGUGCUCUGGUGCUGCAGUCAGCUUAUAGAGGUCAAAAAGCCCGGAGAAAAGUGGCUGAUGACAGAAGCAAAGCAAAGUUUGAGGCCUUUAUCAUCCACUUCCAGGCUGUUUGCAGGGGAUAUCUUGCAAAAAAGAAGUACAAGGAGUUGGUAGAUGAGAAAAACAAAGCAGCAACCAAGAUCCAGGCUCGCUACAGAGGGCACAAGGAGAGGAAGAGUUUUAAAAGAAAGCAGGAGGCCAAGGAGAAAGAGAAAGCAGAGAAGGCUCUUCAAGAAGAACAAAGUGCCUCUACUGACGCAAACAACGAGGAGGAUGAAACCAAAGCUGCCGUGGUUCUUCAGAGCAACUUCCGGGGUUACAAAGAGAGGAAAAAGUUUAAGGAGAGGAAGAAGACAAUGGCUGGUGCCGAGCUGCAAAUACCGAACACUGACGAAGAGGAGGCACAGGAUGCAGAGCCAAACGGCACAGAGGAGGAAGGGCGAGAGGGAGAUACCAAGCAGGAAGCGAAUGACGAAGAUGAUGAGAGCACUUUUGAGGCUGAGGAGAAUGAUGACAGUGACAAUACGCAGGUGCCGGAAGAUGAGGACCACACAGAUGAAACGGUGAUUGAGGAUGCAGAUGCUAGACAGGAAACGCAAGAGGAGGAGCAUGAACAGGCAAAGACUCCAGAGGACACGGGUGUCAACUUAGAAGAUGAAACCAAGGCAGCCACUGUUCUCCAGAGUAACUUCAGAGGCCACAAAGAGAGGAGAAAGUUGCAGGAGGAAGGCAAGAUCCCCGCUAAAAAACGAGCAAAAAGUCCCACAGGUGGAGAGGAACAAGUCAGGGCGGAGAAAGAGGAGACAGCCCAAGCUGUGGAGUUGGAUGACCCAGAUGAGGCCAAAGCAGCCGUGGUGCUUCAAAGCAACUUCCGCGGUCACAAGGAGCGCAAGCGCCUGGAGGAGGAGGGAAAGAUCCCCAAGAAAAAGAAGGAGCCUGUAAAAGACGAAAAUGCGGUGCCAACAGAAGAGUCAUCAGAGGGACCAGAUGAGGAAAAAGCAGCUACGGUCCUGCAGAGUAAUUUCCGAGGUCAUCGGGACAGGAAGAAGCUGAAAGCAGAGAAAGAAGCGCGACAGAAAACCAAAGAGGAAACCUUGAUUUCCGAGCAGGAUAAUGAAGGCGAAGAGGAGGUGCUGGAUGUAACUGAUGUCUCGAUUGAGCGCAAAGAAGAGACAGAUUAUGAAAAAGAGAGACAAGAAGAAGAACAGGCCGCGGUGAAGAUCCAGAGUAACUUCAGAGGGUACAAAGACAGGAAGAACCUGAAGGCCAACAAGAAAGCCGCAAACAACGAAGCCACUCAGCUGGAGAGCUUCUCCAAAGAAAUCCAAAAGACAGCGGAGGACUAUCAGACCCUGCAGCAGAGGCUGAAUGAGAUCAUCCAGGCUCAUCAAUCAACUCCUGAGAACAAUGGCAUGUUUGUGAAAGGAAAAACAAUAAAUGGCUACGCUCCCCAGCAUCAGCAAUCAGCCGACAAGAGGGUGUCGAGAACCCCCCGCAGGACCCAGCAGCCCAAGACCCUGAACACACCGGAGGACUCCACCUAUUACACCCUCAUUCAUCGAUCUGUCAAGGAUGAAAAACGCAGACCCAGGAAAGAGGAUCCUGGAAAACUGCUGGACAUGGACGACCAGUACUACCGCACCCUGUCCACCAGCAGGUCCGCGCCCUCCAUGUCCGCGGCGAGCACGUCGCCCCGGAGACAGUCUGUGGAGAGGAGGCGCUCCAUGGACAGGAGGCGGUCCAUGGACAGGAGGCGCUCCAUGGACCGGAGGCACCAGGCCGACAGACGGCAGUCCACGGAGCAGAGGCCGGGGGCGUCCACCCGACAGCUGAGAGAGAGGGCCGUCACCGAGCCGGAGCUGCCCCGACCUGCCAAAGACAGCAGGUGUUCUGUUCCCAGAAUGUCCUCCACAGAGAGUCGGACAGCGGAUAAUCCCUACGACUACAGGCACCUCCUGAGGAAGACCUCACAGAGACGAAGGCUCAUCAAGCAGUACUGAAUCACAACAAGAACCACACAAUCCUCAUGAUACGACAAUACCAACAUAUUCCACGCAACAUGCAUCCAGCAUCCUUUUUGUUUAUUGAUUGAACACGUUUUCAAAACAGUUUAGUUUUCACGUUGUGUUUUCAGGCUGAAUAAGCUGAAGAAUCCACUGUAAAUAAUGGCAUGUCUUUUAAUUUUCUGUAAAUUGAGUAACUACUUGUGAGAUCUGUAAUCUAGUUGUUGUCAAAGAAACGGUUUUCCCUCUUAAAUCCUACGCAAAUUUUCAGGUGAUCUUCUUAAACGUUGCAUUUUGGUGUGUUUGAAAUCAUUUAUAUUUGGGAUCAGCUUCAGUACCGUAACGUUUUAUGAAAUGCCAUUCCUCGUCUUUAUUGCAAUGUCUGAUUUAUUCAAAUAAACCUUACACA